AUGGCCAUCUGCCGGGCAGCAGCUGCGUGCAAAAAUCAGACGCUCUACCAACGAGUGGCGGAGCUUUCAGGGAAGCCGACAGACAAGUUUGUGCUCCCUGUGCCGGCCUUCAACGUCAUUAAUGGCGGGAGCCACGCGGGCAACGGGCUGCCGGUGCAGGAGUUCAUGAUCCUUCCCGUGGGGGCCAGCAGCUUCCGAGAAGCUAUUCAGAUUGGAGCUGAGGUCUACCACCACCUCAAGAAGGUCAUCCAGGAGAAGUAUGGCCAAGAUGCCACCAACGUAGGCGAUGAAGGCGGCUUUGCCCCGAAUGUCCUCGAGAGCGACGAAGCCCUGCAGGUGCUGAUGACAGCGAUCGAAAAGUCUGGCCAUGCUGCAAAAGUCAAGCUUGGCACGGAUGUCGCAGCUUCAGAGUUCUACGAUGCAAAGGAGAAGAAGUAUGACCUCUAUUGGAAGGACAAAGACAAGAAGGGGCAGAAGAUGAUGUCCACCGCUGAGCUGGCAGAGUACUUCAAGGGAUGGACGGAGAAGUAUCCUAUGGUCUCCAUCGAGGAUCCCUUCGACCAGGACGACUGGGACGGCUACAAGCCAUUCACUGCAGCGAUCGGAGACAAGGUCCAAAUCGUGGGCGAUGAUCUUCUGGUCACCAACCCCAAGCGUAUUGGCAAGGCUGUGGAGGACGGCGACGCCUGCAACGCUUUGCUCCUCAAGGUGAAUCAGAUUGGCUCAAUCUCUGAGGCCAUCGAGGCCUGCAAGCUCUGCCAGGACAGAGGUUGGGGCGUCAUGGUCUCCCACCGAUCCGGGGAAACCGAAGAUGUCUUCAUCGCUGACCUCUCUGUUGGAUUGCGAUCGGGGCAGAUCAAAACGGGUGCCCCUUGCCGCUCGGAGAGGACCGCGAAAUUAAAUCAGCUGAUGCGGAUAGAGGAGGAGCUCGGAGACCGUGCAGUCUACGCCGGGCUCAACUUCCGCAAGCCCGUCGUUUAA